AUGACGGAAAAAGAAAGUGUUAGUAUACCAACAAACGAAGAUAUUGUAAAUGAAAUCACUACUGAUUUACAAACGGAAUUAAAAGUAACUGAAUCUAAUCCAGAAGAAAUAUUGAAUAGUCACCAUAAUGAAGGUAUUCCAAAAGAUUUCGAUGAGGAAGAAUCUGAUACAGAUACUAUUAAAAAUCCAGACGAUUAUAUAGACGAAGAAGAGCUAAAGAAAUUAGAAAAUGAUUUAUCUGAGGAGGAAAAAGCAGAAAGACACAAACUAGCAUUAGAAUUAAAAAAUAAAGGAAAUGAACAGUUUAAAUCAGGUUUGCAUUUAGAAUCAUUAUGUAGUUACACUGAGGCAUUAAGAAUGUGCCCCUUAAAAUAUGAAAAUGAUAGAUCUAUCUUGUAUGCAAAUAGAGCUGCUUCAAAAAUUUCACUUAUUCGAAAAGAAAGUGCUAUAGAAGAUUGUACCAAAGCCAUAGAGUUUAAUGAUUCAUAUAUUAGAGCGUACUUAAGAAGAGCCAAACUUUAUGAAGAAACAGAAAAAUUAGAUGAAAGUCUAGCUGAUUAUAAAAAAGUUUUAGAACUAGAUAAGAAUAAUAAAGAUGCUUUACAAGCCCAAUAUAGGUUACCACCCUUAAUAGCAGAGCGAAAUGAAAAGCUUAAAACUGAAAUGUUAGGAAAACUGAAAGACUUGGGUAAUAUGAUCUUGAAGCCAUUUGGACUAUCCACUGAAAACUUCCAGUUAAAUCAAGAUCCAAAUUCGGGAGGGUAUUCUGUCAAUUUUUCACAAAAUAAAUGA